CAUCCAAGAACUGUCAAGCAUUCGAUAGUUUGGCAUAGUCAGCUGAUAGCAAAAUGCAAUUAAACGUUUCCUGUGAUAUUUCAAGAAAUCAAUUGUAAUUCUCGUGCGUGACCGUGAAAUUUCUUGAGAAUCAUCAACUCGCGAUCUAUUUGCCUUCUACUUCAAUUUUUCGAAGAAAUUUAGGGGGAUUCACAAGACUUUUUAUACACAUUUAACUGAAGCAAAUCUACCAAAAACAAAAUGCCUCUAAGUGCAGACAUAUCUACAGCUCUUCAUUUAUUGGAGCAUGUUCAAGAAAGGGUGGAGGAUUGCAAUGACCCCAAACUACAAAUGCAUACGACUCAAGAUAUAAAAUCCUUAAUUUCUCUUUUGGAAGAUCCGGUAUUCCGCAGCAUAGUGACAAUUCAAGACUCACUAAUCGAAUUAAAUACUCAACUGGGGCAGCAUCCAUCUAUUAUUCCUGGCGAUUUUGAUAUUAACAUUAGUGGACAACUGGAACUUUCUGUUCCUAGUACGCCAGUGCAACCACUUGGAUCAAAUGUAUAUCAAGAUCUAUAUCAGGAUAGCAGUGAACUAGAAGAUCAAAGGGUUCCAGUUGCUCCAUUGGUGCAUAGCAGCAGCGAAGAUACUAGUGCACAGGUCACAAGCCCAAGUCUUGCGUCAGAGGUUAUGGGAAUGCCUCCAAUAACAACAACAACAUACGCUAAGGAGUUUAAGAAAGUUAUUGAAGCUGCAGCAAGAGGUCGUCAAGUAUUUACUGUGCAGUUGUAUAAACCAGAGGGAACCAGUCUGGGAUUCAGUGUGGUUGGUCUUCGCAGUAAGGAUAAAGGAGAGCUGGGUAUUUUCCUGCAGGAGAUACAACCCAAUGGCAUAGCUGGCUGUGAUGGCCGAUUGGUAGAGGGAGAUCAGAUAUUGGCGAUAGAUGGACAACCACUAGACUCGAACAUCUCUCAUGAACAGGCAAUCUCGAUUCUUCAGAAGGCACGUGGUCUGGUUGAGUUGGUCGUAGCAAGAAGCACCCAAGACGUUGGGAGCUCUUUGCCGACGGAUGAGUUGUCCGGAGCCUCGAGUUCGACAGCGGCCGCGGGAGCAGGUGUGUCCAUCAUCGGCGGCGUUGUCAGCGGGACAACGAACCAGGUCAGCUCUGACAAGGAUCAAUCGGUGUCCACGUCGUCCGUCGUUACACCAGCGCCGACCCCCAAGUCCAGCCAGCCGGCGAGCACCGCCUCGGCGGCAACGCCGACAUCGACACCGCCGACCUCAACCCCGGUACCUGGAGGCCUCGUUGUCGAAAGGAGCCCCUCCGCCGUCAGCGACGCCUCCAAGAGUGGCUCUGACAUGGUGCUGAACACGGAAUGGGCACAAGUUGAAGUUAUAAAUCUGAUCAAUGAUGGCAGCGGUCUUGGAUUCGGAAUCGUCGGUGGACGAAGCACCGGUGUUGUCGUUAAAACGAUCCUUCCUGGAGGUGUCGCCGAUCGGGAUAAUCGGCUGCAGAGCGGGGACCAUAUAUUGCAAAUCGGCGAUGUCAAUCUGCGGGGAAUGGGAAGUGAACAGGUUGCGGCAGUUCUGCGACAAUCCGGCACACACGUGCGCCUCGUUGUCGCGAGACCUGUCGAACCAACGUCACCGGAUUACCAGGCACUCGGCAGCCACGCUCCGAUCGUACCAACGAAGAUUCUGGGUGACCCGGACGAGUUGGACCGCCACCUGGUGCACAGCGUGCCGGAGACAUACAACAUACGCCACGUGCAGCCCGACAACGCGUACGACAACGGCUACAUAUUCUCUCAGGAAUCCGACGUCGAGAUGCAUGCAAGACCAGGUCUCAUCGUGGACGUAGUACGCAACCCAUUGCCAAUUGGAGCGAUGCCAGUGAUACCACCGGUUCCGGUGCAGAUCCCGGAACUUCCGGUCCUCACCAUGGACACCAUCGAUGUUAACUCACUGCCAGAAAUGGAACGGUUCACCGUCGAGCUUAAGAAGGACAUUUACGGCCUCGGGAUCACCAUCGCUGGAUACGUUUGCGAGAAAGAGGAGCUGUCUGGCAUCUUCGUGAAGAGCAUCAGCGAAGGCAGUGCGGCAGACUUGAGCAACAAGAUCCAAAUAAACGAUAGAAUAGUAGAGGUGGACGGCCAUUCUUUACAGGGUUAUUCAAAUCAUGAGGCCGUCGAGGUGCUACGGCGCACUGGACAAACGGUAGUUCUAUGUCUGGAGAGAUAUCUACGUGGACCAAAGUACGACCAGCUUCAGCAAGCAAUCGCGGCCAGUGAACUGAGACUACCUCAACCGAGCUCUCCAUCAAUCACCAGUUUGCCAAGCUUCCCGAUUAGCGCGGAUGGAGAAACUACUACUGAGAUAGAACCGGAAGGAGAAUCGCACACGACUGUUGACAGCGCAAUUCUACAAGAGGGUGAACGCGAGAGAUCCUCGGAUGAAUUAGAUGACGCGGCAAAUGUGGAAGCUCUGUUGAGCGACCCAUCCAGCGAGCUUACACCUCAAAUUCGAGCCGCCAUUAAGGCGAAAUGGCAGAAGAUCGUAGGCCCAGACACGGAAAUUGUGGUAGCGCAAUUGAAGAAAUUUGCGGAAGGUAGUGGCCUUGGUAUAAGCUUGGAGGGAACGGUGGAUGUGGAGAAUGGACAGGAAGUUAGACCGCAUCAUUACAUAAGAUCGAUUCUCCCGGAAGGACCCGUAGGACAAAACGGAACGCUGCGUUCAGGGGAUGAAUUGCUGGAGGUGAACGGAUAUCGAUUGCUCGGCAUUAAUCAUAUGGAAGUAGUUAGCGUGUUAAAAGAAUUACCCAUACACGUUCGCAUGGUCUGUGGAAGAAACAUCGCUUCGCAGGAUCCUCUUUGCCCUAUCGACACUGCUCAACAUCAAGCUGCGUUCCAAACCAGAAGCAUCCUUGGCGGAUCUCUGCAGAAUUUAUUGCCAACAAUGGACCGUUUGGUGAAGGCCAAGUCUGACGGCUCGUUAGCGUCGACGACGACCACGGCUACGGUGACCGACGCAAGCUUGAAUAAAAUGAAGUCGCGAUCUUUGGAACCGUUGACUGGUCUGGCGAUGUGGAGCUCCGAACCGCAGAUCAUCGAACUGGUAAAGGGAGAACGGGGCCUUGGGUUCUCCAUUUUGGAUUAUCAGGAUCCAAUGAACCCCAAUGAGACUGUGAUAGUAAUAAGAUCACUGGUGCCCGGUGGCGUAGCUCAAGUAGAUGGUCAGUUAAUACCAGGCGAUCGUCUUCUUUUCGUCAAUGAUAUCGCCCUGGAGAAUGCAACGCUGGACCAGGCGGUGCAGGCGCUGAAAGGCGCCCCUAAGGGCACCGUGCGCAUCGGUGUGGCGAAACCAUUGCCCAUCCCAGACAGUAUUGUCCAGAGGGUGCCACCGAUUUGCCCCGUAAGACGCAGCAAAAGCUUCCCCAACGAAAGCGAAACGACAAAUCACGCAGCCGAGCUCGAGGACUUCCUCUCCUCCAGAUCAGGAGUAACAGAACUGUCAAUGGACAAACCGGAAUCCGAAGAGGAAGAAGAUCACUGGAAGGAUGCAUCGCCCAUCACACCUACCUGCAGUCCAACAAAACAUCCUCCGAAACCUGGCCAACUAAAAAAACCUCUAAAAACCAUCGAAGUCGACGUCCACGAUUUCAAACCAACGAGUCCGUUAGACGAAAAAGACGUGAUCAUCAUUGACAGCAGCGCCACGCCACUCAGCAAGAAGCUAGCCAUAAAGUACAAUCAGGAAAUAACGACCGGCGUGGAGAAGGCAACACCGAAAGUGAAGUUAAAACGAGAGCCAGUGAUAGAACAGGAAGAACCGUGUCAAAAAGUGCCUGAGAGCGCAGCUCAGCCAUCGACCGCCACAGAAAGACGUGCAGACGCUGAAAGAAGAAGGACCUUGAGACGAAUGGACUCGCAAGAACGACUGUCCACGUCCAGAGACACGUUAAGCAAAACAGACGUAGGUGAAAGAGGAGCGAAGAAGAAAGUUUUCAAGAGGAAAGAACAAGAUCGAAGAUCUUCCAGAAGAAAAAUAGACGAAGUGGAGGAACCUGUUUCGGAUGUUUCUAGAACCGAAGUAGACGAGCCCAGAAGGCGAAAAGACAUGGAGGGAGCGGUGAUCAGAUCAAGAGAAGAAAGGAAAAGUCUCAGAGAGCAAGAAUGUAUAGAACGAGUGACAGAAUUUUUAACGAAGCACAGUGUGCUCACUUACUCGGAGGUGAUCCCGAUCAGUGAACCUGAGACCGACGUCCAGGCACCUGGUGAUUACAGAGAACAACGAAUCACGCGUCCAUCCAGUAUUAUAGAGGCCCAGGAAGUUCAACCUGAAACCUCGAAAGACGAGCUAUUAAUAAGAACGAAGAGUAUAAGAAGACCUGAAGAGCAAGUAAAGACUCCAUCCUCUAUCGAGUCGGAGAAACAGAUCUCCGCGUCGAUUAAAGUGACAGUGGCGACACCUGAGAAACCAGCAGCAGGUGUCAAAGAGAUUAAACCAUCCGUGACGAGUCCUGAGGCAGAGGUACCAGCCACUAAACGUCGAAGUUCAAUGAGAAAGAAACCCAGAGCGUUUUCCAGAGAAUCUUCCAGGGAAUCUCUGUUGGACGACACGAAGAAAGAGGUUAGGAUACAGGAAAACGUCGAAGAGAUAUUCUUCGAGGAUACCAGUGAACAGAUAGAUGGAAUUCUUCCGGAGGUUCAGUUGGUAAAGGCUAGAAUAAUCACUGCUGAGGAAGCAGCCGCGAACAGGGUGGACGAAGCGAUGAAAAUUGAAAUACAUUCGCCGCCGGAAGUGGCUGUGGUCUCUGACUCGGUGAGAGUGAGGACGGGAAGGGUUCCAUCGCCGGAAACUGUGAACACGUCGCAUCUACAGCUGAUCAGUCUGGCCAAGUCCACGUCUGAGAACGCUUUGGCCGAGAGCAGCGAGGAGAAUAAAAUUUCUGAGAGAAACAUCAAAACGGAAAUUUUGUUGGACCUGUCGAAAGUGUCUGAAGUUGGGGACGAAGAGGAAAUGGUGGAUGGAGACAAGGACAGAAGAUUGAACAGGACAAGGAGCGAAGGUUCAAAAAGGCCGGGUUUCAAAGUGACGAAGUUGAAAGAACGUGAUGGAUUUAUGAUUGGUACAUUGGCACAACCGGAUCAACCCGAACUGACGAUUUUGUUGGAAAAUGCGGCUAUCGAGAGGAGGAGGAACGUGGACGACGAUCGAGAUAGUUUGGUGGAUUUUGGCGUGGAGAAGAUAAUUAGGAGGUCGGUAGAGUCAGAAUCCGAGGACGAUUCGAGGCUAACAGCGGACCAGGAAGUCGAGCUUCCUCCAACGAAGCUUCUCGAAGGUGAGAAUCAGGAGGACCUCGCGAAUCUCCAGCACGAGGACCAAGCAGACCGACGAGAAUUCGACUGGAGACCAGAAACCAGAGAUUAUGACAGAACACUCUGGCAGCAGAGACGUCCGCUGCUGGAGGAAACGGUCUCCUUCAGGCCGGAAGACGACAGCAGCCUAAUCAGCAAGGAACAUUCCCUGGAAUACCAGAGUCAAACUCUGGAAAGCCAGUCCGAGCAUCUAUUACUCUCUGCGUCUUUGGAGAGCCUUCUGAGAUCAGCGCCAGACAGUUGGCCAAGUCAGCAGUUCGACAGAAGCGUCGAGGAAUCGGAGCGUAACUUCAAGGAGACCCAGUACUCGCUCAAAGAGAAACGCGACGCCGAGACUCAGACAGAACAGGAGACAAAGAGCACCCAGUGCAGUCCGGAACAGAGUAUCGUCAGUCCUUCGGAAGUGUCCAAGGAGAUUCCUUUCCAUUUGACUAGAAAAUACUAUCAGAGUCCUAGAAGGGAAGUUCAGACCCAGACCCAAGGGGAGAGCAAAAGUGUUCAGUGUUGUUUGGACGAAUUAGGCAGCCUGUACAGAGUAUUAGACUCCUUCGAUAGUCCCUCUAGAUCCGAGAAGAGCUACGUAAAAGAAUCUAAGAGUAUUCAGUGUAUUCCUGAGGACAUUCCAUCGAGUCUUGAUAAGUCAACAGAGAGCCUAUCUCUGCUGUACGACCAGGGCAAAUCUCUGAGGAGUCCACGAAAGGAAGUCGAGGUUCAGACCUAUCAGGAAUCGAAAGCGAUCCAGUGUAGCGAUGACGAGCUUCUAGAGGUGGUCAGUGAAUCGCCAGAUAAUAAGGAAGGCGUGAAGAAGACAGAGAGUUCUGGAUCGUCCAGUUGCGGCUCGCCCUGCAAGCUUCGGAUUCCUACUCUGGUGUUCGUUGAGGAACAAGUGGAUAUGACGGUCACGCAUCGAGAUCACGAGGGGAACGUGAGCUGGUCGAAGCAUUGGGGACCCGAGAGGCUCGUGGAGAUCUACAGGGAGCCAAAAACUAGUCUGGGAUUGAGCAUCGUUGGAGGAAAGGUUGAUCUGCACAAUGGCAGCUCUAGUAAGUCACAGAACAUAUCCGGGAUAUUCAUAAAGAAUGUCUUGCCGAACAGUCCGGCCGGAAGAACCGGCGAGUUGAAGAUCGGAGAUCGAAUAAUCGAGGUCGAUGGCGUGGACCUACGACAUAGCACUCAUGAACGAGCGGUGGAGGUCAUCCAAGCCGCCGGAAAUCCUGUCUGCCUUCUUGUCCAGUCUCUGGUGCACCUGAACAACGAGCACGACGAGGAAGCGGAGGAAAGGAAGCAGAACACGAGGAGUCGAUUGCCCGGAACACCCACGGCAUCCUUUCGUCAAAAGGCUUCGCCAGUCUCGCCAGUCAGGUCCAGCACGCCGGAAGUGACACAGGCAGGAUUCGAAGACGGAGAGAAGCAAAGUAGCUCAAGAUCAGAUUUUAGGCGACAAAGUACAAGAGUUUCAGAUGGCGCGGGAUCCAGCUCGCGAAGAUCCUCCAUGAAAAAAUCCAUUCGCAAGAAGGCGCCAUCACCGCCUUCCAAUCCAGGAAUAUUGCGAGAAGUGAGCGAAGAGAAAGAGGAUAAUGCAUCGAAACCGGAAGAGCCUCCGAAACGGAAGUAUUCGUCCGACGAGAGCUCUGAAGAGGACAUACGUGAGUUGGAGGGUAACGUUUACACGAAAGGUGGCAUGGAGAUUUCGAGAAAAAGUGCCGGAAACGUAAAACGUACCAAAGCAGAAAUCGAAGCGGAUCCAGAGACUGAAGAUGAGUUCGGUUACACGAAUAUGAAAGUUCAGAAAAAAUAUCAUUCACUGGGGCACAAGGUGAUGCUAGUAAAGAUAGAGAAAGACAGACGUGGCUUGGGUAUCUCCUUGGCGGGACACAGAGAUCGAAAUCGGAUGGCAGUGUUCGUUUGUGGCCUUAAUCCAAAGGGAGCAGCUCACAAGACUGGAGAGAUUUUGGUUGGCGACGAAAUACUCGAGGUAAAUGGCCGAGUUCUGCAAGGACGAUGUCACUUGAAUGCGUCUGCCAUGAUUAAAGGAAUGGCUGGCACGUAUUUCAAAAUCGUCAUUUUCAGGAGGAGCAACUCGCUUGAUGAUCUCGCCGUUAAACCGAUUGUUCAAUUCCCUCCAACAUUGGAAGAUUCCGACAUGUUCAGCCAAUACAAAGGAGUUCGUAACAUACCAGUGAAGAAGGGCCAGUAUGGUCUAGGUAUAAUGAUCAUCGAGGGAAAACACGCGGAAGUUGGACAAGGUAUAUUCAUCUCAGACAUUCAAGAAGGCAGUGCAGCAGAGCAGGCUGGUUUGCAAGUGGGUGACAUGAUCCUCGCUGUCAACAUGGACUGUUUGCUGGGCUCUACUUACGACGAGGCCACGAGUCUCUUAAAGAAAGCAGAGGGCGUUGUAACGCUUACAGUAUGCAAUCCUAAUCAAAGCAAAGUCGCGAAAGAAGAAGAAGAUAAGGCGAAGGGCAUUAUUCCUGAACCUGAACCGCCAAAGGAGCCGGAGAAACCACCAGAACCAGAAGCACCGCAAGAUCCAAAAGAUUGCAAGAUUGUGGCUGGCAGAGAUACGACGAUAGAAUUCCAGAAAGACAAGGACAAAGGCAUUGGCUUCAUUAUAGCUGGUGGUUCCGACACGCCAUUGAAAGGAGUGUUCAUCGUCGAAGUAUUUCCAGACGGAGCAGCCCACAAGGAUGGACGGCUGCAGGCUGGAGACCAGAUACUCGAAAUGUGUAGUCAAAGUUUCAAGGAGAUGGAACAUGAUAACGCUCAUGCUGCCGUAUUAAAAGCUUCGGGAACUAUCAUAAUGGUGGUGCAUCGACACGAGAAAGGUGAAGAGGAAAUCGACGUUGAAUUGCAGAAGAAGUCGGGCAAAGGAGCUGGUCUCUGUUUGACAGGAUACAAGAGUGGAAAAGGAGCAUAUGUAUCAGACUUGUUACCCGGUGGUAGCGCUUUGGAAAGCGGGAAGAUUUGCAAAGGCGAUCGAGUGGUGGCAGUCGGUGGCCAAGACGUCCGCGAAGCUCCAGUAGAGGACAUCGCGGUUCACGUGAAAGUUUCCAACCCGGUGCAAUUGAAACUGGCUAGGUUCAAGUCCGCUAAGCAAUGACAGGGUUCUGCAGGCGGAACUCAGAAAGCAAGAAUUCGGGCGGCAAUCCCCCCCACCAGACACCAUGGAUUCUAGUGUGAUAUAACUGACUAUACCAAAGUAACUAUAAAUACCGUUUACCGUAUAAGUAACGCUAAUUCUAGAAGAACAAGUGAAACCAAAGGAAACGCGAUCUAUAAAUGCAGUUACGUAUGUACGUUGUAACUGUGUACACGAUUCGAAUAUUUCGGAUCUUGUCUAGUUAAAUGAUAAUCCAGGCCCGGACGCUUCGAGCGUCUCACACGCGAUUUUAUAGAACACGCUCUGUCUCGAUUACCAAAUAUCGAUGCGUUUGCGCGAUUAUUAUCGACGAUUCGAAAAAGAAUUCCGUCUGCCACGGCUGAACAUCCGGCGAGUAGUUAACACGAAUAUCUCGCGACACCCGUUAUAUACACUUAUUAGAAUUAACGACACAGAAGAGUAUUUAUGCAGUUAGAGCGAUACUAUAUAUUGUAAUAGCCACGUGGACGUAUAUCACGGUGAAACGUUUGGCAAGAGGGGUGGAAACUCGCGAGAAAUAUAUAAUAUUCGAAAUAAUUUGAUCGAUUUUCCAAAAUAAGGUACGAUAAUUCCAUAAGAUUCCUUUCUCUGGACGCUCUACUUUUUAUCGAUUUUAUUACCGGUGAAGUAGAAUACGGAGAUAAUUUAUGGAGAAUUCAUUUCGAUCGAUAUAAUCGACAUAAUCGUACAGCCUCGUAGACGAGGGUUCCAGGAGGAAGAUCGUAUUCUCGAUGGAGAUGAAAAUUCGAGAAGAAGAGAAUAGAAUAAUAUAUAAUAUAUAAAUUAAGACGAAUGUAAACGAAGCUGUAUGAAGUAAGUUGAUAGAACUGAACGAAAGUUUUGUAGAUGGAGGGAAUAUUCUUCUUCAAGGUCCUUUAUCAAUAUUAUUCGAAUUUAUAGCAAUACUGCAAGAAUUUGUCUUUUGGAAACAGAUAGAAGGUCCGGAGAGAAACGGAGGAAUAUUAUAUUAGAGAAAGCGAAAACAGAGAAAAAUCGAUCGAUUUGUUUUCAGGAAGUUUCUCCCUCUUCCCAAGCAAUUUCAACCGUGUCUUCAUACGAACAGAGAUAUCUCGCUUGUACGUUUCGUAUCACUUACGUUUAAGUUAGACGACUUAGAGACUUAGGGUAGCGCACGAUCGCGCACCACAGACUGUCUGAAAACCACGCGAGUUUCGAACACCUUCGGGGCUCGUAAAAGAAAAGAAAAACGCGAAAAACUAACAUCUAAAAAUUCAUCAAAAAAUACAGAAUAAAAGAGAAAAACAAGUUCCAACUCCCAUCGAGUGAUCGCCGUUCGGUAUAACAAAGAACCUUAAUUUAACUCUCGAUAAAGAGAAAGAGAAAUUGAUAGGUUCGAUGAAACGAACGCGAUCGAGCUUCGUUGCAUUUUUACGAUGUGGCAAUUUUUUCCAAGAAAAAGGCGAAGGAAUUUAAAAGAGACGACGAUGGACUUGUUGAGAAGCUAAACUGGCUUGUUGAUCGCGUAUAGUUCAAUUUAUCCUAUUAUCCUAGUCGUUAGCGUAGAUCUUCGAAGGCGCAAGCAAAGGAAAGCUGGAAAAUUUCAGCGAAGUAUUGCGUCGGAGUACGGAGAAAGAUGGUUCAGGAAGAAGUAUGACGAGACAUUUGCUCGCGAUUGCUGGUUUCGCUCGAAUUUCAUUUCAGGCCUCGAAUAUCGAACUUGACACGAUUCGAUUUCGUAUCGAAUUCGAUAUUUCAGCUUCUGGUUUGAUUCGGGUGGCGUAGAAUUUUACUUGCCUCGUACAGCACGCGAACUUUUAGUGUUAGUUGCGCCAAAGUGUAUGUAUAGAUAGGGUGAUUCGUUUUUGAACGAUGAACGAACGAGAAGAGUAAUUGAACAUAAUUGGACAUGCUCUUAGGCAAUUGGAUUAGCAUUGUUAGCGAAAUUUUGUAAAUUACAAAUUAUUUGAUUAUCCUAAAUGACGUCAAAUUAUGAAACUGUAGAGGGGUAGAGUAUGAUCUAUAGCAAGCGAUCUAUCGUUAAAUUGUUGCGCAAGAGGGUCCAAGUGAUGGAAUAUUCAGCAAAAUAGAGAAACUAGAUCUUUAAUUUAAUAGAUUUUUAAUAAGUUCGAUCGAUAAUGAAGAUAAAUUCGACGAGAUUUAAUUUAACGAAGUACGAAAAUACCUAAGAAAGUAAAUAUUCAGUCCAGUUCUCCUAUUUAAAUUUCAGAUCUUUUACAUACUACGUUUUUCUUACUAUUCUAAGAUUCUGAAACUUUUAAAAACUUCGCUAUGAUUUCUAAUAAAAGCGCAAUUAAAUACUCGUCCAAAUUUUCUUCCAAUAGUUUAAUAAAUUAUCUCGAUGUUCAAUUGCACUGUACUUUAUCUUGUGAGGUGCGCGGAAUCCAUUUGAAACGGACCACCCUGUAGAUAUAUAACUGUCAGCGUAUGCACUGUAAAAGCUAGCUGCGUUCGUUGCUUUUGAUUUCGAUACACUACAUCGAAUUGAGAUAUCGAGGCCACGUUCUAGUAAGGUAGUCAAUGAAAUAGUAAAAACUCGUGGGAACGUUGGAUCGUACGCUGCGCGAAUUGUUGCUCGUAAAUGACGAAUACCUAUUUAUAUAUGCAUACAUAUGUACGUGAAUGCGUAUAUUCCGACACUGUCGGUUAAGAAGUUUCACGUAAAUGGAUUGUAAUUUAUUGAACAUCGCAUCCGGUUUCCCAAGAUUAUUUUCUUCGCUUUGUUUGGCGGUGUUAUGGUAAUAGUUCUUCGUGACUGAUACAUUCUCAUAAUAAUCUGCAUAUUGUAGAGUUACCAAAAGCGAUAUUAUAUGCGCUAAAAUCGAGAUCCUCGAAGCUUGAAGAUAUUGAAAUUUGAGAACUUCCGAAUCUACAAGUCGAGAAGAUUGAAAAUUUCGUUUCAGAAUUCCACGACUCGAAAGUUUAAAAGAGGAGCGAAGAUUACAAAAUUUGAGAGAUUUGAAAAAUAACAAGGUCCCAACGUUCUAAGAUUCUAAAGUCUGACAUUCUGGGAAUUUCAAGUUGGACAUUUUUUAAUUGACGAGAUAGAAGAUAUCAGUUACUCUACAUUUCUAUCGAGUUUCUGUCAAUUCGUAGUUCGCGAUUUAAUCGAAGACUCUCGAAUUUCGUGUAACAAUCGACGAUUCUAAACUUCUGACCAACCAGUGUCGGUAUACGCGCCUAGGCUCAUAAUCGCAAUCGCUUUUCUUAUCGACACGGAUCGAAAUCAAAGGUAAUUCGCAAGGAUAACCGUUGCACCAAGCAUUCGUGAUCGUUCGUUCUGUUUGCACGUUGCAAAACGACGUCAUGCCACGAUGGCGAGGCAUCGAUUGUAAAAAAAAAGAAGAAAAAAGAAAAGAAGAAUAACAGAAGACAAGAACAAAAAGAGAUGGCGUAACCGUUAUGAAAAAAGCGUGAACGUAUCUGUUGUCGAACGAAAGAGAAAAAGAGAGUGUGUGUGAGAGAAAGAAAGGAAGAAAGUAAAAGAGCACGAGAAUGAGAGAGAUUAGAGAAGCUUAAUGCUAAUUAUAAUAUAUUUGCAGAUUAAAUAGAUUCGGGAUACCAAUUAGUAUCCCGAAACGCCUUCGAAAUUCGGGGAGCAAUACAAUCGAGCCACUUUUACAGUCAACGACUCGAAUUAUUAAUUAUUAUGAUUAUUCUCGCCAUUAUUACCGUCAUUAUGAAUUAUUGUCACGGUUAUUAUGAUUACUAAUAUUAUUACGACGAGAUUAUUCUAAUUCCUGUUAUCGCAUACACCGAUCAUUGUAGCGCGGCACUCUUAUCGAUGGUCACGAGGAGGAAACAUAACAAAACAAAGAAAAAUAAAACAGAAAAAAAAAGAAAGGACGUAAGAAAUCCGAUUAUUAUAGAACGCGAACAAACAGAUCGAGAUCUAUUAAAAUGCAUUGAUUGCAAAAGUUGCAGUAUAAA